AUGCGCAAAGCCACUUUCCUGGAGCUGUGCGCCCAGCUCUCUCCAGCUCUGCAGCGACAGAAGACGCGGAUGAGGAUCCCCCUGAGCGUGGAGAAGCGCGUGGCCAUCGCUCUGUGGAAGCUGGCCACUUCCGUGUGCUACCGAGACGUGGGAAACCAGUUUGGGGUCGGGCGGUCCACGGCCGGCUCGGUGGUGCUGGAAGUGUGCCGAGCCAUCCAGCGGGUGCUGAUGCGAAUCACCGUCACCGUGGGCAGUAGCCUGAAUGAAAUCGUUGACGGGUUCCAGAACAUGGGCUUCCCCAACUGUGCCGGUGUGGUGGGCACCACCCACAUGCCGAUUUUGUGCCCGCCUCACCAGGCUGCUGAGUACGUCAACUCCAAGGGCUAUUAUUCCAUGGCCCUUCAAGCUUUGGUGGACCACCGGGGCAAAUUUACCCACCUGAGUGCCGGCUGGCCAGGGAAGACUCACGAAGCCAAGAUCUUCAAUAGGUCCACCUUGUUCACCAAAGGACAGGAAGGGACACUCUUCACCCCAGGCGCUGUGGACAUCAACGGGGUGUCUGUCCCCAGGGUCAUCCUGGGUGGUCCAGCGUACCCCCUCCUUCCAUGGCUGAUGGUCCCCUACACGGGAGAUCUGGAUGAGGCCAAAGAACUCUUCAACGCCACCCUGAAGAGGUGCCAACGCCCCCUGGAGGUGGCCUUCAGCCGACUCAAAGGCCGGUGGCGUUGCCUGACAGGCCGCAAUGACUGCGCUGUGGAGAACCUUCCCCGUCUCAUCUCGGCCUGUUGCGUCUUGCACAACAUCUGUGAGGAGAAAGGGGAGGCUUACGAGGAAACGUGGGAGACUGAAGCCAAGCAGCUGGCCGCCACCUUUGAACAGCCCCUCCAGCGACCAGACGCUCGAAUCAAGCCGGCUGCCAGGUCUGAGAGAGUCCGGGACUCCCUCUGCGCCUAUCUGGCGUGA